UCAGCCUCAUGCCAGCAGAGGUUGUCGAUCGGCUCCACGCUCAGUAUCUCUCCGAAGCAGCCCCUCAGCCUGACAACCAUGUCUAACAGCUGUGUUGGCAGAGGCUUCCAUCUCGUCCAAAGGGAAGGUAGCAUCUUGCUUUGAGGAGGAGCGAAGAUAAAGGAAGACAGUUGCGGAGCGAGGGGGAUCAAACUGAAAGUCCUCCUCUGCUCCCUUUACACAGCAAAAACGGAAGGCUUUGGAGUAUUCAAUUUUUUCUUUCGUUUUAUAUUUUUCUUAUUCCUCAUCGCGUUGCUGGGAGGUGCUUCCUCUUUUCAUAUAGUCUCUCUCUCUGUCAUCUGCCUCCUCAUCUACUUCUCCAUCUACCUGGUGUAUAAUUUCUUCUAUCUAUGAGUGCCAGGAAAAAGAAAGGUGGAAAAAACUUUUCAUCCUUUCUUCCCUCCUCGCCAGCUCUCUCUUGCCGCUGUGCUCUCCUCCGUGUCACAUCAUCUCUAACUGUCUGUUCGUCGGUCUCCAUUUUUUUCUGUCCCUGACAUCUGACAUCUUAUGAACUUGGAUAACAUUUCUUCAGAGGCAACUAACAAAAUCUUCAUGAAUGACUCUUUUUUCCCCCCCUUUUCCCUCUCUUUUGGUCCCUCCACACCUAUUUUCUUUGCAUCACACUUGCGGGAUUCUUAAUUGUAAACCUAGGUAGGUUAACUGUCUGUCUAUCUGUCUGUCUGUGUGUGUUUGUGUGUGCUUUACGUAUACAUGAAACACACAUGCACUCGCACACAAAAACAAGUGUCCGUCACAGGAUCCUGAUCCGCUCUCACUUUGUCUUCAGUUUCUUAUGAGCUGCGCCCAUUUUGAAAUGUGGACGCCUCAAUUUAGAAAGAAAGUCAAGCUGCUAGUGUGCGACCCACGUCCUCUCAUCCGCACUCUAAAAAGUGUAGGAGCUGUUCUUGCUCAUGAGCUAAGGAUGUCAUUUUGAAUGUACAGAAUGAUUCACUGUGUCGCAUCCCAAACAGUCGUUCUCUGAGCUCAGCUUAAAUAAUUGAAAACGCAUUGCUAUUCUUUCGCGUUGCUGUCGAGAACAAGAUUAAGUGGCUUGUUUUGAUUUUCACCAGUGAGAUUUUACAAUGCAGUUAUAGUUGGUUUGAGCGUGUUAUUCCCACCACAAUCAGAAUUAUUUAUGAUCACUUCCUGAAGUGCUUCCAUCGAUCAGCCCAGGCGUCGAUCAGGCCACCGUUCUUUACACAAGUUGGGUUGAGGCCGGCGACCUAAGUGACAGACUGAUAGACAGAUUUAAAUAUGCACGAGUGAACUACGUCCUCCCCGUCCCUCCAUCCUUAAUUUUGAUCACGCUGUCUUCUUCUGUUUCUGCCGUGGCUGAACUGCUGCCACACCUUUUUGAGACUGGGCCGCGCCAAGUUCUUUCUUUUGUUUUUGACGUGACACAUUCGUGUUAACGUGGCAUCUACCAGUUUUGAAACACAAACACCAGUCGCUGGGAUUCACACCUCCAUAGAUUCCUGUUUUAAUGCUCUAAGCCUGAGAGAGAGAAGAUCACACGGCGCUCCACUACGCUGCAGCUCAUGACUGGAUAGGCAAGCGGAGGAACAAAGUGAAAGAGAGCCAAAAAAGGAGGACGGAAAGAAGAGCGGUUGAGGAAGCUGCCAGCCUCACAGUCUCCACAGCAACCAUCUACACACACGCUCUGAAGAGGAGGCGACCUCUGCAAGAUUCUCACCAUCCUGAAGGAGUGGAGAAAAAGCUCUUGGAAUGAAGCAAUGAAGCAUCCCAUGGCCAUCGUGCAGUUUAUUCUCGUUCACAUUAUCCAGUGGUGGUAGACAUCUUGAUAUCGUAGUCAAAGGUUCACAGCCUUUCGUCCUCUUCGGCCACCGAGAGAACCCCUCACCCAUUACUGCUCACCAGCAUCCUCCCACCUGCUGCUCGUCUUUACGUAACACAUAGCUGUAGCCUCCUUAUUCCUUUCAAACCACAAAGCUGUUGCGCUUUUUAGACUAAACCCAAGUCCUCCAACCCUCGCCCCAAAGUCCCCAUCAGUCUUCAGUCUGUGACCUCAAGCUGACGCCUUAUCCGAGGAUAUGAGAGGAGGAGUCAGGUUCCGCAUCACUCCAUCAUGCCAAUUCUGAAGAGCAGACAGGAGAUCCGGGCUGGCAAUGUUCAAGGGACGUCAUUUACACUCCUCCGCAAUGCUUGUCAGCCUCCACCUGUCUCCCUCCUGUCUUCAGGACAAGCGUCUCGUUCCCCCCUGCUCAGUCACCAGUCGCUCACCUUCUGCAGCCUCAGCUCCGCAGUGUCUCCCCUCACCUCGACCGACUCUGCCCUUCCUCUCCUUGUCCUUCUCGCUGCUCCUUCUCACCUUUGCGAUCCUACCUGUCUGCGAGUCACGCAGGGGUGGCGGUCCAGGCACAGGAGCUGGCGGUUCCCCAGGUGGACAAGGGGGACAGCGGGGAGGUGGCAACCAGAGGGGUGUGGUCAUCCCUCCUCCAUUCUCCCCCGGCUCACCAGCAGUUCUGCCCAUCAACCCCAAACUGAUCAACUCUCUCAGCAUUUCCGUCAUCUUGGUGGGCAACUCUAGUGAAGUGACCCUGGGAGCGGGGCUGGAGAAGGAAGACUUCCUGCAUAUACCGUACCCUCCCAAAGUUGACGUGGUCACCAUGAAUGAGACGGACCCAAAGAGCAUCAUCAACCGGAUCUGUGGACAAAUGACGCGCAGCUCGCUGCAAGGAGUAGUGUUCGGUGACGACACGGACAAGGAGGCCAUCGCCCAGAUCCUGGACUUCAUCUCCGCCCAGACUCACAUUCCCAUACUCGGAAUCAGAGGAGGCUCCUCCAUGGUCAUGGCUGCCAAGGAUGACCACUCCAUGUUUUUCCAGUUUGGGCCAUCUAUUGAGCAGCAGGCCACGGUCAUGUUGAACAUCAUGGAGGAGUACGACUGGAACAUCUUCUCCAUCGUCACAACAUAUUACCCUGGCUACGAAGACUUUGUCAAUAAGCUGCGCAGCACCAUAGAGAACAGCUUUGUCGGCUGGGAGCUGGAGGAAGUGCUGCUGCUGGACAUGUCUGUGGACGAUGGAGACUCCAAGAUCCAGAAUCAGCUGAAGAAGCUGCAGAGUCCAGUCAUCCUGCUCUACUGCACGAAGGAAGAGGCCACCACCAUCUUUGAGGUGGCGCACUCUGUGGGCCUGACCGGCUACGGCUUCACCUGGAUCGUGCCGUCGCUGGUGGCCGGAGACGCAGACUACGUCCCGUCUGUCUUCCCAAUAGGGCUCAUCUCUGUGUCGUAUGACGAAUGGGAUUACAACAUCGAGGCCAGAGUUCGGGAUGCGGUUGCUGUCAUCGCUACUGCCACCUCCACCAUGAUGCUGGACCGGGGGCCACACACCCUGCUGAAGUCCAGCUGCAUGGGCACUCCUGACAAGAAGAGCGCCAACACUGGACACUCUAAGGAAAUACUAAGAUACAUCAUGAAUGUGACGUUUGAGGGCAGGAAUCUGUCGUUCAGUGAAGAAGGACAUCAGAUUUUCCCCAAACUGGUCAUCCUUCUCCUUGACAAGGACAGGCAGUGGGACAGGGUCGGCAAAUGGGAGCGAGGCUCUUUGACGAUGCGCUACCAUGUGUGGCCUCGCUUCGAGUUGUACUCAGCAGCGGAGCAGCAGGAGGACCACCUGUCCAUCGUGACGCUGGAGGAGGCGCCGUUUGUCAUCGUGGAGGACGUGGACCCGCUCAGUGGAACAUGCAUGAGAAACACCGUGCCUUGUCGCAAGCAGCUCAAGCUUACCAACCAGACGGGUGAUUCAGGGAUUUACAUCAAGCGCUGCUGCAAGGGCUUCUGUAUCGACAUCCUCAAGAAGAUCGCCAAGACGGUCAAGUUUUCUUACGACCUCUACCUGGUCACCAACGGAAAACACGGCAAGAAGGUCAACGGGACGUGGAACGGCAUGGUGGGAGAGGUGGUGCUGAAGAACGCUCACAUGGCCGUCGGGUCGCUUACCAUCAACGAGGAGAGGUCGGAGGUCAUUGACUUCUCGGUGCCCUUCAUCGAGACAGGAAUCAGUGUCAUGGUCUCCCGCAGCAAUGGGACUGUCUCGCCAUCUGCCUUUUUAGAGCCCUUCAGCGCCGAUGUCUGGGUAAUGAUGUUUGUGAUGUUGCUGAUCGUGUCAGCAGUGGCCGUGUUUGUGUUCGAGUACUUCAGCCCGGUGGGGUACAACCGCUGUCUGGCCGACGGACGAGAACCUGGAGGUCCGUCCUUCACCAUCGGAAAAGCCGUCUGGCUGCUGUGGGGUCUGGUGUUCAACAACUCUGUUCCAGUUCAGAAUCCCAAGGGCACCACCAGUAAGAUCAUGGUGUCAGUGUGGGCCUUCUUCGCUGUCAUCUUCCUCGCCUCCUACACUGCUAACCUGGCUGCCUUCAUGAUCCAGGAGGAGUAUGUAGACCAGGUGUCGGGCCUGUCUGACAAAAAGUUCCAGAAGCCUAACGAAUUCUCGCCGCCAUUCCGCUUUGGCACGGUGCCCAAUGGCAGCACGGAGCGCAACAUCCGCAACAACUACCGGGACAUGCAUGCCUACAUGACCAGCUUCCACCAGAAGAACGUAGAUGAGGCGCUGUACAGUCUGAAGACCGGCAAACUGGAUGCGUUCAUCUAUGACGCCGCCGUGCUCAACUACAUGGCGGGCAGAGAUGAGGGAUGUAAACUUGUCACCAUCGGCAGCGGCAAAGUCUUCGCCUCCACCGGCUACGGCAUCGCCAUCCAGAAGGACUCUGGCUGGAAGCGAGCUGUGGACCUGGCUAUCCUCAUGUUGUUUGGAGACGGUGAGAUGGAGGAGCUGGAGGCGCUCUGGCUGACGGGCAUCUGCCACAAUGAGAAGAAUGAAGUGAUGAGCAGCCAGCUGGACGUGGACAACAUGGCGGGCGUCUUCUAUAUGCUGGGGGCGGCCAUGGUCCUGUCACUGAUCACCUUCAUCUGUGAACACUUAUUCUACUGGCAACUGCGCUUCUGCUUCAUGGGCGUGUGCUCCGGCAAGCCUGGGGUCACCUUCUCCAUCAGCAGAGGUAUCUACAGCUGCAUCCACGGAGUGCAAAUUGAGGAAAACAAAUCAACCAUAGAUUCACCCUCGCUCUCCAUGAAGAAGAACAUGAACAACACCCACUCCAACAUCUUGCGUUUGCUGCGCACUGCAAAGGACAUGACCGCUGUCCCCGGGGUCAAUGGGUCCCCACACGCUGCCCUGGAAUACAGCCACAGCGGCCGUGAGUCUGCUAUUCCAGAGCAUCGCCGCAGCCUGGUGGGCCACCCUUCGGACUGCAAGUCGGCACCUCCGUACAUGCAGGACAACAACAUGUUCAGUGACUACAUCAGUGAUGUGGAGAGAACUUUUGGAAACUUGCCCCUGAAGGACAACAACUUGUACCAGGACCAUUACCGGCACCACCACCCGGCCCCUGCUCUUGGUAUGUCCGGCCCCCCACCGAAUAGGCCGCGUAGCUUAGGUAGCACUAGCUCGUUGGAUGGGGGCAUGUUUGAAUGCGACAGUCUAGGGGGAGCAGUCACGCCCAUUUUCACCACCCAGCCCCGGCCGUCCAUGACCCACAGGAACACCAAUAAAUUUGACCUGAUCGCCGGCCACACCACAGCGGAUUCCAACCAGGGUGGGUUCAAGGGCAGCAAUGUGUAUGGAAGGUUUUCUUUUAAAGGAGGCGCAUCCAGCACAGGCUUGAUUAGCGGUCAUGACAGGUUCUGUAGUGGGAGCGGGGGAGGCGGGGGAGAUGACGGGAAUAUUCGCUCUGACGUAUCGGAUAUCUCCACACACACUGUCACCUAUGGCAACCUGGAGGGGAACGCCAAGCGGCGUAAACAGUACAGGGACAGCCUGAAAAAGAGGCCUGCCUCGGCGAAAGUCAGACGGGAGCAGGACGAGAUAGAGCUGAGCGGCUUCAGGAGGAGACCCCACCACCACACCGUCCACCACCACUUCCCACAUGGGCCCCUGGCACACCGCACGGUCUCACCUCCCCUGGAGAGGAAGCGAGUAGGAGGGGGUAAUUCUUCACCUUAUUCAUUUCGCAAAGACAAGGAGAAAUUGAGGGAUAUCUAUGCUGAGCAGUUCCACUCUAAAGAAGGCAAGGCCAAGUGGGAGCAAGAGGGUGAGAGUGGAGGAAGCGGUGUGGGCGGCGGUAGUGGUGGUGGUAUCUGUAAAAGCUUAGUGCCUGUGGAUGACUUUCUCAAAGGUAAAAACAAGAAGCAAGACUCGAUGGCUGGACUGGUGCCAGUUUCGGCAGGACAGCAGGCCCACACCUGUUGGGAGAAAGGGACCUCAGGUUUAGGAGGUGGAGGUAUUGCUGGAGGUGACUGGGAGUGUCGCAAUUGCCACAGUGUGUGUCACCACAGUGGAGGCGUAGGAGGGGGAGUGUGUUUAGCCGGUGCAGUUGUGGGGACAAACAGCCGGCCCAGCUCAGCUAGCUGCAAGCGGUGUGAUUCUUGUAAGAUUCAGCCCAGCAACCUCUACAACAUCAGCGAGGACAAUAUGAUUUUCACAGGAGGAAAGUGCGGUGUGGGACCAGUCGUAGCGCAAGCUCAGGCUCAGCGCAGGAAGCUAGGGCCAGGGGGCAAGGUCUUGAGGAGGCAACACUCCUAUGACACUUUUGUGGACCUGCAGAGGGAGGGAGCUGGACGCAUGGUUGGAGGAGGAGUGGGGGGGCAGUUUGCCCAGCCCAGAAGUGUGAGCUUGAAAGAUAAGGAUCGCUAUAUGGAAGGUCCAAGCCCAUACGCGCACAUGUUUGAGAGAUACUCAGGAGACAGAGAGCCCUCGAUGUUCGGAGGGAUCGGCGGAGAUCGAGCAAAAGCAGGCUCCUCCUUUAGCUUAGCUCGUGGAGGUGAGGGGAGCUUCCAUCGACGGUCGUUUGGAGAGCGAGACCUGAGGGACAGAGAUAGAGCAAUGAUGGGAGGUGGUGGUGGUGGUAGUGGUGGCAGAGGGGCCGGGACUUACUCCUUGUCUAAAUCUCUCUACCCAGAUAAGGUGAACCAGAACCCCUUCAUCCCAACCUUCGGCGACGACCAGUGUCUUUUACACGGUGCCAAACCGUACUACAUCAAAAAGCCACAGACGCAGCAGCAGCAACUUCUCAACAACAGCAGAGCUGGAGGGGAUUUCCGAGGCUCCAUUGGAGCAGCUUCUUAUUUGCCUGCAUCAGCCACGGCUGGGGUGAUGUCCAAUGUGGCCCCGCGGUUCCCCAAAGAGCUUUGCCUCAGUGGCAUUGGAGGGCCCAUGGGGAACCACCAUGGUAGCGGCAAAUUACAUCCUGGCGGCAGGGACACGCUAGUUUUGGGGCAGGGGCAGAGACCCUUUAAUGGUGCCAGCAAUGGACACGUUUACGAAAAGUUGUCCAGUAUCGAGUCUGAUGUCUGAGAGUGGCAAGGAAAGAGAAAUGAGUGGGAGUGGAGUGGACCCUACAGCAGAACCUUAAUCUUGGUGUUGAAGAAUAAAAACCGCUCAGUGCGUUCCGCUACUUUGACAGAAUUUGGGGGCUGCACUGAGACCGCCGCAGGACAAAGCUGUAGUGAAGUUAGCUCCUUGAAAUCAGGAAUCUGGUGCUGCAUCGACCCCCCCAAGAACGACAGAAAGCGAAGGAAGGACGGAUGAGGAGGAGGGAUUGACUGGCAAAAUGAAGCCGCACCACCAGUCUCUCCACGCUCGCGUCUCUCCUUCCGUCCUCCUGCUGCUCCUUAACACCAAAACAAACAUUUGCUCCGCAACAUCUACAAUACAAUCACUGAGAGAGAAAUCACAGGGUAACUACAAUAAUUGUGCUGAUAUUGUUAAUAAUUUGACCGAGUUUUGAAUCCACUGUUUUACACCGAUGGAUUUGGAUCCUUUGGCGAUUUCAUUUAUUUAAAUACUUCAUGUUACAUAUUUGUAAGAUGUUGAUUGUUUCUUAGCUUGCCAAUAUUGCAGGACACAAGUUGUCUUUUCUCAUUUUUAUUUUUGAAUUCCUGUGAUUUGGAUUCUUCCUUGCUUUGAAUUCUAACCUCCAUGUUUGGUUCUUUCUUUAUUUUUUUUACUUUUCUUAUUUCUGAGUGCUGUGACGUGUAAGUGAGAGGCAUGACUCAAGUACAUCCUGGUACUUAUUACUUCAACGAGAAGGUUGUUUUAGUUGCGGAUCCGUAUCUUCGCACUGAUUUGUCGCCUCCUCUGACUUCCUGCUCUUGGUUCCAGUUUGAGCUGACGUGCCUUCACGGUUUCCAAUGCGCUAUUGCUUUUGGUGCCACAUCAUAAUCAUUAAUACCUGCGAGAAUGAAGGCAAACCGUACUCGGAUUGUGCAUACAACAAGUAGGCAACAUCCGUGUCUCAGCUCAGAGCUACUGUCUCCUUCACUCUGGUGCUUCGUCUUCAUUAUCCCGACACAGCUAAUGACCCACUCUUCACUCUCAGUGGUGUCCAUACUCGACUCGCCGUGACUCCAACACUGUUCAGGACAGGAACAAAAGAGUGAGACCUCUGCUGCAGGUUGGUUUGUGUUAGACGGGUCAAAUAUCAGAGAUGAACUGAGCACACGCAGUAUUUCAUUCUGCAGGUCUGAAGAAUCACGCCAUAACGUUUUCCUCUAAUGAGAACAUGAGCUUGCAGAAGCUUCCUGGUGCGUCAAUAGUCUUCAAUAGUGUUUCCUCUGAGUCUAAUGCCGCAGUCACUAGUCUUACUGACAGGUAAAGGCUCGGUAAAGACAUCGAGCUGAGUAUCAUGUGUUGUCUUUGUGAGACACGCCAACUUCAAGCCAACACAGAGAAGCUGCAAGAGAGUGUCCGCUGUUUAUCUCAGCACACGACUGCAGGAUAUCCACUGGUGUUAUAGUCAGGACCAAGACAUUAUUGAGGCUGCUGAGUGUGGAGACAGAGACAAGGCCAACAUAGUAUGUAUAGCAAGUCUCUACAGAUGAGCUGCUGUGGGUGAAGGCACACAUUGGGUAACCAGUCAUCUGAAACAAGCAUCACGCCUCUGACAUUUAACACUCUUCAGACACCGCAUUGAUUUUUUGGGGGGGUAUCCUCGUGGUUAGUCGCAACAAAAACCAGCACCCACUAUGGCCUUUUUGUUUGAGAACAUAUCGAAGAAAAAAAAACAACAAAAAACCCAAAUUAUGACAGUUUUCUCUGUUGGUCUUGAAUAGAAAUCUUGAGUCCGCCCAGUCCAAGAAACAGGACCAAGUGAAAAUGCAUUUGAGAUUGAGACCCAAAAAGAGUGUCUUGAGUACUACAACACUAAUAUCAAUUGAAAAAAUAUUUGCUUAAUAGAUUUUGAUUUUCCAUGUUUGUCAGUGUGGCUCACAUUCGUUGCUGAAGUUACUAGAGCAGGUUAUGUUGCCAAGGCUUAAAUCAAAACCUAUAUUCCUGAACAAUUUUUAUUUUUAGCUUUAGUUGUCCUACAUGGUACAAGCACAUAAAGCCAUGUGGCUUCAUGUGGUGUGGUGUUAUGCAAAUGUUAUGCAUUUUACAGGACGCACCAGUGGAGCAUUUUAUAUUCUGAUCAUGAUCUGAGCUGCUAAACAGCAUCAGCAUUCAUUUUCUGAAACUGACCGAGCUUGACCUCUGAUGCAGAUUUGGUUUGACUCCUACCAGCAUUUCACCUGUUGCCGUGCAUCGCAGGACUCAAAGUUGCAGUGGUGCAAGUACUUUUUAUACUUUUUUUUUGUCACUGACAUCACAAAUUGAUAUUCUGGUCUACUGGCCAUGUCAUUAUGACCACAUGCAGGUGAAAGUUUGCCUUUAUUUCUGAGAAACACCAUGGAAACAAUGAGACCCCAUUACAAUGCGUCCAGCUGACUUCCACCUGGCUCUCCAUUUUCAGGUUGUUAUCUCUACAAUGUCAAGAUUAUAUUGUUAAACAAGGGGACUGUUGCGGGAUGUUAACGUUGCAGUCGAAGUCAUGCUCUAAUGCAAAACGUGACCUGACGUUAUAGCGCCACAAGUGGCAUGAUACCACUCCACAGAGUCGAACAUGUGACUACAGGGACAAAAUGGUGGUUGGAAUUCUAAAUAGACUGCAUUUGUAAUUGGCUGUAUGAGUGCUGUCCUUCUAAAAUUUUAAAACCAAAUGCUGCGACUGAGAGUCUGUGUGUGCUCAGAGUGAAUAAAGAAGACUACUAAUGCAGAGAGAAAGACCUGCAGCACUGAAGUCUCAUGAAGGUGGUGAGUGAGGUCACCCAAAUGAACUCCUUCAUAAAUAUAGACGUGUCCUCUUCUUGACUCCACACAUCAUUAUUUAUUGUAUUUUAUUUUCUUUGUAGCAAAUGCUAAUGCGGAAACCUCUUUAAGUGAAAUCACUUGUGUCAAGUUUAGCAUCCUAUUUACAUUAUUUCUGUCCUAUUUAUCAUCCAGCGCGUGAUAAAUAAACAAAGUAGUCCUCUUCUUUACAAGUCUGGCCAGAGGUUUGAGAAACUGUGACAGGAGACGAGGCGAUAACUGAGUCGUGAACGGAGACACGUUCGAUAAUUUCACACCCAGAAUGAGGUUCACAGGAGUUUACGGUCGACAAGUCAGUGUGAACGCUAUCAGGGUCUCUAGUGUUCGUGAGGAUUUGCAUGAAUUAUCCUAUUUUCUUUCUGUUAUUAAUCUAGGCUUUUAGCCCCCGAAGUGGGUGUUUUCGAAGGAUAUUCAGAGUUUUAUCAGUUCAUUGGUUCUGGUCCAUGUAGUUCUCUAGGUGUGUGUGUGUGUGAGAGAGAGAGAGUGUCUGGCUGCUGUAGCCAAAAGCAAAAUCACAAAAGAAAUCUUGAUGGUUUGAAAAAUGAUUCUUUAUCUUUAUGUUCAUUUAACUGGAGCUUCUUUAUUUCAAUUUUCCGUGUCGCGCCCCAUUCUUUGUCUCAUUGUACGUGCCUGAAUACACUGGCUUGAUUACCUCUGUGGGAGUGUGUGUGUGAGCGGGGAAAUGUGUACACCUGUCAUGUAAAUACUCCACGACCCACUCAUGGACUUUUGAUAUGAAAAUUGUACAAAAUGGCAGAGUCAAGUUUUCCGGGACAAAUCUUUGAUUGGUCGAUCCCCUUUGCUAAAUUCUUUUCUAUCGACGCCGGGCCAAGUGCGCGCGCGUGUAUGUGUGUGUCCGUUUAUGGCUACACACAAAAGUGCAGCUCUCGAUGAAUUGAUUUGCUUUUUUUGCUACUUUUUUCAUUCAGUCCCCACACAGGAGAACAAAGCCUCUUUAUGGAUCGCUACACUGAAAGCACAAGAUUAUCUGUAACCUUUUUACAAAACAGUAUUUUUGGGGGGGACUUUUGUGUCUUUCGACCAUGAACUCAAUGCCAUCGCACAGCUGUACAGAUUGUGUAAAAUGUAAAUACGACAGAGAUCUAGUUCACCCUCUGAUUCUUUUUGUAUGGAGAGAAACUACUUGUGUGAAGGGACCAUUUCCAAUUUUAAUAUUUAGUAAUACUUUAAAAAAAAGAAAAAAAAAAGAGAGAGAUUAAAACACAGUCAAUGUGAAAAGUGCUGAGGUAUAUUAUUCUUCUGUCUCUUUGGAAUAAAAGUGUUGAGUAU